AUGUGUCUAUAACGUACCUUGCGUCUAUCUGCGCCGUGUACAUGACGUACUUGAUCGCUGAGCUGAUGAUGUACGGAUCAGGUGUCACUGCAAUCAUAUCCCUGGCACUGACCACAAGCGCACACUCUGCUUCAACUAUCAUGGACCCUGCCAUCCUGAAAAAAUUCUGGUCCCUGCUCCGCUAUUGUUUCAAUCUUAUCAUCGUCUUUCUUGCGGCGUUCAAAGUGGGACGCGACUCGAUAAGUUUCGUCCAUUGGGAGGACAUCAACGCCGUAAUGCACAGCUACUUCGCCAAGCUCGCCGUCAGAGCACUGAUGGUGACUGUGCUGUAUCCAGUGCUAUGCUCCACGGGAUACAUGCUCAACUGGAAACAAUGUGUGGUACUCAUCUGGACUAACUUCAAAGGCGCAGUUAUGAUGGGAAUCUCUUUGUCCCGGUGGCAAAAUAACAUCAACGUGGACUUUGCCCUCAAGGAGGAAGCCAUUCGUCUCGGUGUUCUGUUUCUAGUGCAAGCCAUCAACUCAUCUACUCUACCGACACUUAUGCACAGCCUUGAUCUUGUGCAGAUGUCGGAGGCAGAGAAGGCGAACAUCAAUACAGUUGUGAAUACUCUUCGAAAUGCGGCCAAGUGCUCAACCGAGAUUCAACGAAAAGAGAAAACAUUCAGUGGCGCCGACUGGAAAUGGAUACAGACGCACACGUUCCUGGAAACGCCACGUGCACUUGCACCAGAAACCAAGAACAUAUUUCAAAAGAUCAAGCCAAUCCGCAGGCGAAGCGAAGUAUUGAUUCAAGACGCGCUCCGGAGUGCGAACACGAAUAUAUUACGUUUGCAAAAGGUGUGUUAUAACAAGCAGUACGAAGAUGGGUUAGUGCACAAGAAAUCAAAGACUACAAUCCUAGCAGCACUACAGUUCCCUCUGGAAAAUGAAACGUAUUUAACAGUCGACCUGAUGAUGCCCUACAUACUGGUGCCCUCCUGGAUUGAUACAUUUAAGGACAUCCUACAACAAUUUGCCGGCAUGGCUGUGAUUGAGCGGCGUAGUUCUCGGCGAACGUCAUCUCGGUUCGACGAUGAGUAUGACACAGCAUUCAUAGACCUGGACUUCUGGUCAGCUUCUAUCAACCAAGGGUGGUACCAGGUCCUGGUGGGGUUUGUGGCCACAGGUUUUGUGCUUCUGCUGUCUGGUCUAGCCAUUCAUUACAACCAACACGUGAGCGACGGGGUUCUCUCAGUGGUUACCAUCGUCCAAGGCAUUUAUGUCUUCCUCUAUGCGCUAGAGAUCCUUCUUGUCGUGUACUCCAUGGGAAUGUUUAAGAUCGGCAGCGAUGCCUGGCGGCGACUUGACCUAAUUAUUUUUGGACUAAUCGUCGCCGAAUUUGUGCUUACCAGCUUCGUGACAGUGAACAUAGAGAGCAAGGCGUACGCACUGUUUCUCAUGUACAGCUUCAUCCUGCUAAUAAUGUGUCGAACUGUAAAGACGCUGCAAAAACGGGUGGUGCUAUUUUUGUGGAUGUGGGAUAUGAUGGACGGGGUUCUCAACAGGAAGCUAUUCUAUGCCUACGAUCUGUGCUGGGCAUACAUUACUGCAGAAGACGAGGCAAUGUCUAGAGUUGGUCGCUUUGUUCCUUCUACAACCAUUGCAAGCAAGAUAAGGGAAUCAUGUGGCGGUAACAAAUUACGGACUCUGAAGACUGUAAUCGACAUCCAGCAGAAGUAUCCCAACAUAGAGGUAGCUACCAAAACCAGGCAGGCCGCCCGUAGGAUUCUCAAUAAGUCAUUAGAUGCACUGUAUGAGCUACACGAUGGAGGCCUCCUCGACGACAAACAGUUUGCGAUGCUCUAUGAGGAUUUGACAUGGAUGAUCCAUAAGGUGGACGGAAUGCCCUGCGGCAUCCGUGUGGGGAAUACGUCCCUCUGCAUGUUGCUAAGUGUUCCCUGGCUGCCUGACGACAUCGUUCAAAACCUGCUCGAUUCAUAUCUGCAGUGCUACAGGAAGGGGCACAUUAUGGUGUUCAGCAGUCAUGAGCACGACGAUGUCUCCAUUAUAUGCUCUGGAAUAGUGAAAGUCCAUGGCAAAAGUUCAAAGAUGACCUGCAGCGUCGAUGGGAAGCUAGCCAACUCAGACUCGUACCAAUACUACUUCACUGAGGGCAAUUUCAAGGACUACCUCGUAGCACCGGACGCAAUUGGUAUCAUAGGAUUCCUAACAUGCGAACCGUCCGUUUGUCAAGCUACCUGCGAAACGGACGUUGAGUCAUGCACCAUACCAACCAAUGUGCUGCAGUUUAUUGUGGAACACCACCCUGAGCCGCCCACGGUCAUCUAUCGCAUGUGGCUGGAAGUGUCCGUUCGCAUCGCUAUGGCUGUCCUAGUGAACCACAAACAAUACCAGGAUUGGACCCACGACAGGCUAAAGAAGUUCCUCCAAGGAGGUAUCAUGCCCAAUCUUUAUUACGCCGUCGAGUUCACACUGGACGACGCUGUACAGGACGUCAUCUUGAUCCAAGGCUCCCUCACUUCAUCUGACGAGCAAGAGUUUUACCUGGCACCAGCUUACAUUCCACAGACGCUAAGGAAAAUGAAAUUACCGGGAAAACCAAGCGAACGUCCUCGCCCCAUUAUAUUGAUCACCACGCAUAUGCGCUACCAUUUGCCAGCUGACUUGGACUGGUACCACCAACCUCUACGGCCCAUCGACUACCCGCCCAGAGAGCGCUCCUUCGACGCCGCCCUCUUCGCGCACUGGUCAACAUAGAAAUCUCCUGCCGCAACGCCUAACGAUUGUUCGUUCUUAUUGAAUCAUGUAUUUUUCUUCCUCAACUGUAUACAACGUCAAGUCACCGAUACGAUAGUUUUGCUCGAAUGUUAUAAUUCCGCAUCAAUGAAAAAGUUCAAGAGACCAUGUCAAAGGGAGUAUAGCUUCUUUUGCCCGAGAAUGUAAUGUAUGUCUAUCCUAUGUAUGUGUCACUUGAAACGACUGCAUGUAAGUAGUGCAUUAUUGCUUCAACGAGAA